UCCGAAAUUGGGGUUUCACAGUGGACUGGACGCCAUGAAAAUAGCAGUAGAAGGAUGCAUGCAUGGCGACCUCGACAACGUCUACAAAACCCUCAAAUACUACGAAAGAGUUCACGACACCAAAAUCGACCUCCUCCUCUGUUGUGGCGACUUUCAGGCAGUGAGGAAUGAGAAGGAUUUGGAGAGCUUAAAUGUCCCGCCCAAAUACCGAUCCAUGAACUCCUUUUGGAAGUACUAUUCCGGCGAGGAAGUCGCUCCCUAUCCCACCAUUUUCAUCGGCGGAAAUCACGAAGCUUCCAAUUACUUGUGGGAACUGUACUAUGGAGGAUGGGCAGCGCCUAAUAUAUACUUUUUGGGAUUUUCUGGAGUGGUCAAGUUUGGGAAUCUUCGCAUUGGUGGAUUGUCUGGAAUUUAUAAUGCUCGCAAUUAUCAUUUGGGACACUUUGAGAGGCCUCCAUAUAAUGAGAGCACUAUUAGGUCCAUAUAUCAUGUACGCGAAUACGAUGUCCAGAAACUCAUGCAAGUCGAGGAACCGAUAGAUAUAUUUCUUUCGCAUGAUUGGCCUCUUGGCAUCACUGACUGUGGGAACUGGAAACAACUUGUUAGAUUCAAGCCAUUCUUUGAGAAAGAGAUUCAGGAAAAAACUCUUGGAAGUAAAGCUGCUGCGGAACUGCUGCAAAAGUUAAAACCUCCUUAUUGGUUUUCAGCCCAUCUACAUUGCAAAUUUGCUGCUCGUGUUCAACAUGGGGAAGGUGGCCCAGUGACAAAUUUUCUUGCUCUGGAUAAGUGCCUUCCAGGGCGUAAAUUUUUACAGAUCGUUGAAAUUGAAUCGGCAUUAGGACCUUAUGAGAUUCAGUAUGAUGAAGAAUGGCUAGCUAUAACUCGGAGGUUCAACUCUAUCUUCCCUCUGACCAGGGAAAGGGCAAACUUUAGGGGUUUACAUCUUGACAUGCAAGAUUGUCGCCAAUGGGUCAGGACCAAGCUACUAGAAAAAGGAGCCAUACCUUUUGUUUUUUCAAGGAUGGUUCCGUGUUAUGAUCCGUCUAAAUCCGUCUCCAGUAGUUCAUUUCAAGGAUAUACUAGGAAUCCUCAAACGGAGUCUUUGUUGCAGUUUCUAGAACUUCCUUAUCUCCUUGAUAACAUGACAGAAUCCUCAGAAGUAUCAAACAGCCCUGUUUCAUCGAUUCAUAGAGGUUCCCUUGAUCAUAACAGCGAAGACAUCCCCCUUGAUGAUGAGGAUGAGUCGGAAGAAGUUGCGGAAGAUGACACCACUUUUUCCUCCAUGGUUAAGCUGCUGCUACAGCAAAAAAAAAAAGCUCAAACGCUCAUGGAGGACAGAUUAACAGCACUCUCUUCCAGAUCACCUGUUCUUUACCACUUUCUCAUUCUCGUGAUCGCCUUCUAUAAGGCGACUUGUCCUUCUGGUGCGCAACUCUCAUUCGGGUUCUAUUCUGUUGCAUGCCCUUCUGCCGAAUUUACGGUCCGAAACACAGUCAGAACAGCUUCUUCUAGAGACCCAACUAUCCCUGGAAAGCUCCUUCGCUUGGUUUUCCACGACUGUUUUGUGGAGGGUUGUGAUGCAUCUGUGCUGCUACAAGGAAAUGGGACAGAGCGAAGUGAUCCAGCAAACGGGUCUCUUGAUGGGUAUUCGGUUAUCGAUUCGGCGAAAAGAGUGCUCGAGUUCUUUUGCCCAGAAACAGUUUCUUGCGCAGACAUUGUAGCUUUGGCUGCUAGAGAUGCCGUUGAGUUUGCUGGCGGACCUGCGGUUCAGAUUCCAACUGGGAGGAGAGAUGGGAAGGUUUCUUCAGCAUCAAAUGUCAGACCCAACAUCAUAGAUACAAGCUUUACUAUAAAUGAGAUGACUAAGCUUUUCUCUUCCAAAGGAUUGUCCUUGGAUGACCUUGUCAUUCUGUCAGGAGCUCACACCAUAGGAAGAGCUCAUUGCAGUGCGUUCAGUGAUCGCUUCAAAGAAGACUCAAAAGGGAAACUCACUCUCAUCGAUGCCUCCCUCGACGGCACUUAUGCAGAAGAGCUCAUGAAACAAUGCCCUGCCCAACCAAACCCCUCCACCACUGUCAAUACCGAUCCAGAAACGUCCUCUUUGUUUGACAAUCAGUACUACAAAAAUCUCAUGUCCAAGAAAGGCCUCUUCCAAUCGGAUUCUGUCCUCUUUAGCGAUGACAGAACGAGGGAGCUUGCCGAGAAUUUCGCAAACGACCAAUUCAGUUUCUUCAAUAGUUGGAGUCGGUCUUUCGUUAAGCUCACUAACAUUGGAGUGAAGACAGGUGAUGAAGGAGAAAUUAGAGUGUCUUGUUCAUCACUCAAUGCAUAACAGGCAACCAAAUUGAGACGUUCAGCAAUUUUCCGGGUCCUGAUUAUCAUAUAAGCAAUAAAAUGGUUAAUAAUGAGUCCCUAAAUUAGGAGAUAAUCACAGCUCAAAACACAUUUAGCAAGUAUGGUUCCUGUUGUUUAUUACAAGGUUUCUUAUUCUUUGCUUAUUUGUUGGUAGAUGUUUGUUCUUGUUGCUACAAAAAGAAGGUUGUAUAAAGUGGAAGUGUCCCUAGCUAAAAGUUAUUAUUUUUUCCCUCCAUAUAACCGUUGUGGAUAUAGGGAACAGUAAUAUAUUCUCUGCUGUUCUGGAAGUGGAAUAAAAGUGUUGAUUUUUUUUUUUUCAUUUUCAUUUUUUUUUUCAUU